AUGAUGUUGAGCAUGGACUUGAGAGUACAGCUGGUUAAUAUUGCAAAUGCUGGGGACGAGUUCUUUGGAAGUGACCAAGGAUUGCCUUUCCUCAACAUGACUUGUUGGCCAUACAGCUGUGUGCAGAUGUUGUCCAGGAUGCUGGUAGCGAGGGUUUUCAACACCCUAAUGGCAUUUAUUUGGUUAGAAAUAAUAGUGUACACAGCUUCUGCAAUUACCUGGGAGCAACUUGUUAGAGAGCAGUUUAAUCCUCACCGUGCAGCAACGCCGGUUGUCGGGAGAGAUGAGUCCUCCAAGGAUACAUGUGACAUGUAUAUUGCAAGCGUAUGCUCGCCAUGGACGCAUUCACAGCAUCAACGCAAAUGGGCACUACUGUCAUGUGAUGAGUAA